GGAAACUUUAGAAAUAGGAAUGCUUAGAGAUAUUUUUGCAAAUUUUAGAAAUCCAGAAGUAUAUGUGGACUUUCCCAAUUUCCCCUCGUACCUUUCCCCUUUGAUACCCUCAGUGAGCACAGAGAUCACUAUGUCAUUUUCAUUGGUGUUCAUCCAAUGAUGUUGCAUGUUUGUCGUUAAAGUUCCUCGUGGACUGUUGCCCCUCAUCCGUAACCUUAGAUUUUUUAUUCGAACGGAUCGUACUGCAAAUUUCAAAACCCCCCCUUCUUUAUACUAUGGCCGGUUUAUGGAAUUGUAUGAUCGGACGUUUUGUCCGACCAAUACCCAUGGUGAGUGGUGCUCCGACCAGAUAUCAAGAUUCAGAAGGACACAGACCUUUCUUGAUUGCUUCUCCACUUGAAGACGCGAAGAUCCGCAGGAGCAAACAGUGUACUCAAGAGGGUGUACGUGCUGGGGUCAAAGCUGCCGGAAUUGCAUGCAUUUGUAGUGCGGUUCCAACGGUAUCCACUGUUCACAUUUCACAUCCAAAUAUGCAUGUCAUUUUUUUAUUGUUAUCAUUAUUGCAUUAUACAUCGUAAUUGUUAUUAUAAUAAUUAUUAUUAGUAUUGUUGUUAUUUUUUUCUAUGUUGUUAACUUGUUGUAUUGGCUUAUAUUUCAGCCUCCCAAUUAUUUUCACGUAAAUCUUAAUGUGAAAACUAAAUCCGUUUUGUGAAGGAGAAUCCUCACUUGUCCAACAGAAAAUUUUCCCAAAAUUUCAGUUAGUUGCAGUCAGAACCAUUCCUUGGGCAAAGGCCCAUCUCAACUACACUGCUCAGGCACUUGUUAUAUCUUCAGCUUCCAUUGCUGCGUACUUCAUCACCGCAGACAAAACAAUCUUAGAAUGUGCGAGGAGAAACACCCAUUAUGAUAAAACAACUUAGGACAGUUCUGGACUUAUUGAGGGCGGGUUAUAGACGUGCUCUCAAUCUUACCCCUUGAUGUACCUAGCUUGUCAACAUUCAAGCUUUGUACUGUGUCUAGCUUCUGAAUCUGGUCUCUAAGAUUUCUUAUUACAUGAUGAAUGAUGGUAUGUUUUUUAAUAUACAAGGAGUAAUAUGAUUCCAAAUGUUUUUAUGGUUUCCAUAUUUUCUUUGGCACUGACUUUCAUUUCAUCUUAUCUGUCUGCUCUAAUUAUAUGGUCACCUUAUUGAAGAAGUCUUCAUGUGACCUUCAUAUUCCAGUCAUUCCUACUUUCUUAAUCAUUUGUGUCGUUUGAAUUGAGGAAAUCUACUUAUGGGUUAAAACAGGCUCCUCACACCCGGUUAUGUCAUUUUAGUAUCUUUCUUUUAAUGUCAUGGUUUUACC